AAUGUCAGCUCCGCCCAGUGACCAGUGAAACUGAAAAUACCAGAAACAGAAUCUUGUUACACCGGUUUUUUUAUACAGGUUUUUACAAAUGUUAUGCUUUUAAAACGUCACGUAUUGAUUAAAGUAAUAUAAUUAUGGUUUCGUCUUUUAUCUGGACACUGACAAACAAAAAGUUUUAACCAACUUGAUAUUGCACCUGCUUUCCGAUUAAGAUAGAAGAGAAGCUCGAAUGUCCAGUAUAAAAACAACUUUAUACCGUACCGACGCGCUCGCUGAUCAGGAGCAAAAAAGAUUUGUAUUAUUUCUGCUGGACGAAUAUAUGAUCUGAGAACAGCUGCGAAACUCUUUAAGACCAGCCCUGAUUACUGAUCGAUAAUAUGAAUAUAUUAAGACUGUCUGGAGAUGUUUGUCAUCUGGUGGCAAUUAUUAGUCUGUUCCUGAAGAUCUGGAGAUCCAAAUCAUGCGCAGGUAUUUCUGGGAAGUCUCAGGUGCUGUUCGCGCUGGUCUUCACCACCAGAUAUCUGGACCUGUUCACUUCCUUUGUCUCAAUCUACAACACCUUUUUGAAGGUGGUGUAUCUGGUCUUGGCAUACGCUAUUGUCAGCCUCAUCUACUUGCGCUUCAGGAACACAUACGACUCUGAGAACGAUUCGGUCCGCAUGGAGUUCCUGCUGGUGCCGGUGGCCGGCCUGUCGUUCCUGGUGAACCACGACUUCACAGUGAUGGAGAUCAUGUGGACAUUCUCCAUCUAUCUGGAGUCGGUGGCCAUCCUGCCGCAGAUGUUCAUGAUCAGGAAGACGGGCGAAGCAGAGUCCUUCGUCACACACUACAUGUUCUUCCUGGGUCUGUACCGCGCUCUGUACCUCUGUAACUGGGUGUGGCGCUUUUACUAUGAGGGGUUCUACGACCUGAUCGCCGUGGUGUCCGGUGUCGUCCAGACCAUCAUCUACUGCUGCUUCUUCUUCUAUCUCUACUUUACCAAAGUGCUGAGAGGAAGUGCAAAGGUGACACUGCCAUUGUCAGUUACUGAGAUAUCAGACCCCGCCCCUUCAUUAGGCCACACCCAGCAGUGACAUCAUCCCUGCCCACCGCUGUAGUUCUUCUGUUUGUAGUGUUAUCAUUCCUUACAGUAGGGAUGGAGAACGCUUUUGACACUUUUCUCUGUUUCGGGAAAAGAUUCGAAGCUUCAGGAGUGUUGAAAAUAGUGCCAUCUUGUGGCAGGAAAAUAUACAGCAGCCAAAAACCCGAGAGCGCAGAUCCGUUGUUUCUUCCAUUAAGCACAAAUAAAAACCUGACAACAAUAAA